GGGCAUGGCGGACCAAAAAAAAGGAAAAAAGAAGGGCAAGGCGGACCAACUGACGGCCCUCUGGCAUAGGUUGCCGUCGGAGAUUAUACCCGAGAUACUUUUAUGGUUGCCAGUCAAGUCUUUAUGUCGCUUCAGGUGCGUAUCCAAGUCUUGGCUUUUGCUAAUCUUAGACCCCAAAUUUGUGAAGAAUCAUUUCAACAAAGCCAUUGAACAUGAGCAUGUGUUUUACCAGAGAAGAAAACUCUUAUUCACUGAUGAAAAAAUCAAUUCACUCUACUUUUUCGACCUUGAUGAGUAUCUGAAUCGUUAUAAUGAUAAUCCCUUUUUGAAUGGUAUUGGUAACCGUAACAACAAUGUCGGUGAUUAUGAUGGUGAUCUAAUUGUCACUAGACUUAAACUGCCCAGUUAUCUGCCCUGUUUUCGGCAAUUUCAAAACGAGAAGUGGAGCUUGGUGUCUUUCUGCUGUGGGCUUGUGUUAUUUAAGCUUGGUGUGGAGUAUUAUGUGGCUAAUCCAGCAACAAGGAAAUAUAAGAUACUGCCCGAUCUAAUUCCAUGGCCAGAAGCUCCACCCUUCAUGCCUUACAAUGGGUUCGGUUUUGAUCACUCCACUGAUGAUUUCAAAGUGAUUACUUCCAAGUGCUCCAAAGAUGGAAUUGAGUUUAUGGUCUAUGCACUCAAAUCCAGUUCUUGGCGAAAAAUUCAAAGGCGAUUUCCCUACUAUGCUGGUCCUCCAAGGCCACUUGCCUACAGGUCUGGUCCUGGUCAAAGGCGAUUCCCUUACAGUACUGGUCGUGCUCGUGCUGGGAUCCUGCUUAAUGGAAGACUGCAUUGGUUGAUGAGGAGACUGGAAGAUGACUCACAGGUGAUUGUAUCCCUCUGUUUGGCAGACGAAGAGGUUUGGGAAAUUCCACUGCCGAUUGAUUUUGAUGUGGGAGCAUUGCAUACACUGGAAUUGGGACUGUUUUUCAAUGACAGCCUCUGUAUAGCUCAUGUUUUUGUUACUGGGAUGACCCUAGAUCCAACUUCAGCAAUAACAUUACAUGAUGAGUUUUGGGUAAUGAAGGAAUACAAGGUGGCGGAGUCUUGGACUAAAAGGAUACUCUCCUCUGGCUUGGAAGGUUAUUUAUUGCCUUCCAGUUACCAGAGGGAAAAUCAUGCUCUCUUUUGGGUCGGGGAAUGUUUGGGGCAGAGGGUGUAUAAUAUCAAAGAUUUAUGCUGUCAACGUCUAUCGAUUCCAGGAUAUCCUACAGUUACUGGUGCUGGCUUCUACGUGGAGAGUCUUGUUUCACUGGACACUGGAAGAGGUUUCAGGUUUUCCCAUAACUCCAUAAGCAAUAGCAUAUGGACAACGUGUUUGAGCUUAUGGAAUUUGAAAUGUUCACUCUGCUCUUUCUAAUGCUGAAUGUUGUGAUGCAUGAUCGUAGUUCAUGGUUGGUUUAUCUUUGUGGAAUGUUUCACUUGCUGUAGAAGAAUGAUGAACAUGUAAUUGAGAAUUUUGAAUCUAUCUUAUCUCAUAUAACUCAUGUCUCAUUUCUUGUGGGGCUAAUUUAGAUGUACUAAGUACUCUAAUACAAUGAGAGGGGUUCCUUCGUCUGAUUCCCCUUGAAGUAUGUAACUUAGUUCUUUAAGACCAAGUAAUGCAAGGCCUAUAAUGAGCUAUUAA